CGCACCCUCGCCCGCUGCCACCGCGCCAGGACAGCCAGUGGCUAGGGCCGGCGGGGCCAAGCAGCCGCGAGGCUGGCGGCAGGGUCUGCUCACCGGGCGGCCGCAGCAUUGCCCCUCCAGCACUCCAGUCGUCACCAGAAAGACAACACAGAAUCUCGACCACUACAUGAUGGAGGUGACCACUGUGACUUCAUCUCUGCCUUGCUCUGGUGUAUUCAGAUAAGCAGCUGUAUACCAGCCUCCUCCUGCCUCCCUGAACGGCUGACAAAGAGCAGGAGGAGUAAGUGAUGAGCGGUGUCUCCAUGCCAGGUGUCUCUCAAGUCUCCAGUUGUUUCUCCUGGAAGCCAGCUGUGUUUCCUGUCCUCUCAACUCUGCCUCUGCCUGAAACAACCGUCAUGAGGACACCGGGCAGGAAAAGGCCGUGCUUGCUGCUGCUGGUGCUAGCCACAGUGGCCCUGGUCUCCUCUCCAGGAUGGAGUUUUGUCCAGGGAACCCCAGCCACCUUUGGGCCUGUCUUUGAAGACCAGCCUGUAGGCCUGCUAUUCCCAGAGGAAUCCACAGAGGAUCAGGUGACGCUGGCAUGCCGUGCCCGAGCUAGUCCUCCAGCCACAUAUAGGUGGAAGAUGAAUGGCACUGAUAUGAACCUGGAACCCGGUUCGCGUCACCAGCUGAUGGGAGGCAACCUGGUCAUCAUGAGCCCCACCAAGGCACAGGAUGCCGGUGUCUACCAGUGCCUAGCUUCAAACCCAGUGGGCACUGUCGUCAGCAAGGAGGCUGUCCUCCGCUUCGGCUUUCUGCAGGAAUUCUCCAAGGAAGAGAGAGACCCUGUGAAAACCCACGAGGGCUGGGGGGUGAUGCUACCCUGUAACCCACCUGCCCACUACCCGGGUUUGUCCUAUCGCUGGCUCCUCAAUGAGUUCCCCAACUUCAUCCCAACGGAUGGGCGUCACUUUGUGUCCCAGACCACAGGAAACCUAUACAUCGCCCGGACCAAUGCCUCAGACCUGGGCAACUACUCUUGUCUGGCCACCAGCCACAUGGACUUCUCCACCAAGAGUGUCUUCAGCAAGUUUGCGCAGCUCAACCUGGCUGCUGAAGAUCCCCGGCUCUUUGCUCCCAGCAUCAAAGCCAGGUUCCCCCCAGAGACCUAUGCACUGGUUGGGCAGCAGGUCACCCUGGAGUGCUUUGCCUUUGGGAACCCUGUUCCCAGGAUCAAGUGGCGCAAAGUGGAUGGCUCUUUGUCCCCUCAGUGGGCCACAGCAGAGCCCACCCUGCAGAUCCCCAGCGUGAGCUUUGAAGAUGAGGGCACCUAUGAAUGUGAGGCAGAGAAUUCUAAGGGCCGUGACACCGUCCAGGGACGAAUCAUUGUGCAGGCUCAGCCCGAGUGGCUCAAGGUGAUCUCAGACACAGAAGCGGACAUUGGUUCCAACCUGCGUUGGGCUUGUGCAGCGGCAGGCAAACCUCGGCCCAUGGUGCGCUGGCUGAGAAACGGGGAGCCUCUGGCCUCCCAGAACCGGGUAGAGGUCUUCGCUGGGGACCUGCGAUUCUCUAAGCUGAGCCUGGAGGACUCCGGCAUGUACCAGUGUGUGGCAGAAAAUAAGCAUGGCACCAUCUAUGCCAGCGCCGAGCUGGCUGUGCAAGCCCUGGCCCCCGACUUCAGGCAGAACCCUGUGAGAAGGCUGAUCCCCGCAGCCCGCGGGGGAGAGAUCAGCAUCCCCUGCCAGCCUCGUGCAGCCCCGAAGGCUACAAUACUUUGGAGCAAGGGAACUGAGAUCUUGGGGAACAGUACCAGAGUGACAGUGACUUCAGAUGGCACCUUGAUCAUCAGAAACAUCAGUCGAUCAGAUGAAGGAAAAUACACCUGCUUUGCUGAGAAUUUCAUGGGCAAAGCUAACAGUACCGGGAUCCUGUCUGUGCGCGAUGCAACCAAGAUCACUCUAGCUCCUUCAAGUGCUGACAUCAACGUGGGUGACAACCUGACGCUACAGUGCCACGCCUCCCACGACCCCACUAUGGAUCUCACCUUCACCUGGACCCUGGAUGAUUUUCCCAUCGACUUCGAUAAGCCUGGAGGUCAUUACCGGAGAGCCAGUGUGAAGGAAACUAUUGGGGACCUGACUAUCCUGAAUGCCCAGCUACGCCAUGGAGGGAAGUACAUGUGCAUGGCCCAGACAGUGGUGGAUGGUGCAUCCAAGGAGGCCACAGUCCUGGUCCGAGGUCCCCCAGGCCCCCCGGGAGGUGUGGUUGUGAGAGACAUUGGAGACACCACUGUCCAGGUUAGCUGGAGUCGUGGCUUUGACAAUCACAGCCCCAUCGCCAAGUACACACUGCAAGCUCGCACUCCACCUGCCGGGAAGUGGAAGCAGGUUCGGACCAAUCCUGUGAACAUUGAGGGCAAUGCCGAGACUGCCCAGGUGCUGGGUCUCAUGCCUUGGAUGGACUAUGAGUUUCGGGUUUCAGCCAGCAACAUCUUGGGCACUGGGGAGCCCAGCGGGCCAUCCAGCCGAAUCCGGACCAAGGAAGCGGUCCCCUCGGUGGCACCAUCAGGACUCAGCGGAGGGGGCGGAGCCCCUGGAGAGCUCACCAUCAAAUGGACUCCCAUGUCACGGGAGUACCAGAAUGGAGAUGGCUUCGGCUACCUGCUGUCCUUCCGCAGGCAAGGCAGCUCCAGUUGGCAGACUGCCCGGGUGCCCGGUGCUGAUGCCCAAUACUUCAUCUACAGCAACGACAGCAUCCAUCCCUACACACCCUUUGAGGUCAAGAUCCGAAGCUACAAUCGUCGGGGGGAUGGGCCAGAGAGCCUCACCGCACUAGUGCACUCAGCAGAGGAAGAGCCCAGGGUGGCCCCUGCCAAGGUCUGGGCCAAAGGGUCCUCAUCGUCAGAGCUGAAUGUGAGCUGGGAGCCUGUGCAACAAGACAUGAAUGGCAUUCUCCUGGGAUAUGAGAUUCGCUACUGGAAAGCCGGAGACAAUGAGGCAGCCGCAGACCGAGUGAGGACUGCAGGGCUAGACACCAGUGCCCGAGUCACUGGCUUGUACCCCAACACAAAGUACCACGUAACCGUGAGGGCCUACAACCGGGCUGGCACUGGACCAGCCAGCCCUUCAGCCGAUGCCGUGACCAUGAAGCCCCCACCACGGAGACCUCCUGGCAACAUCUCCUGGACUUUCUCAAGCUCCAGUCUCAACCUUAAGUGGGACCCCGUGGUACCUCUCCUAAACGAAUCCACAGUCACCGGCUACAAGAUGCUGUAUCAGAAUGACUUACACCCAACUCCUACACUCCACUUCACCAGCAAGAACUGGAUAGAAAUCCCAGUACCUGAAGACAUUGGCCACGCCCUGGUACAGAUUCGAACCACAGGGCCGGGAGGGGAUGGGAUCCCAGCAGAAGUCCACAUCGUGAGGAAUGGAGGAACAAGCAUGAUGGUGGAGAAUGCAGCAGUCCGCCCCACCCAUCCUGGCCCCAUGUUCUCCUGUGUGGUGAUACUGAUGCUCAUUGGCUGCCAGAAGCUCUGAUCUUAUCACUGCCUGCCACACCCAAGCUGGCCACCCACCCUAACGGACACAGCCGCUGGCCACAACCCUCCUCCAACACCGCGGUGGUCCAACACUGUGCCUGAGAGUGGUUGGCUUAGGCGCCCCCAAAAGUACCCUUUAUGUAGGAGGUAGGGCAUUUCUAUUCUGCCACAAGAUAGAAACCAUGCAAGGGAUUUUUCUUUGAAUCCAGGGGCACUGGGCAGUGACUUCCGUGAUAACACUAGGCCCAGUGCCUGGACCACUUGGGGUCCUGGACAGAAGGAACAGGCCUUUGGACAGAAGGCAUUUAAUAUGCAUCUUCAGAUCAAGCAGAUCUGGGGCCAUGCAUGGGCACUGCCAUCUGAGAUCAGAGUUCCAGGCCUAGCAGGAACACAGUCAACAGUGGGCUGAAAUCCUGGGAUAUCAUUUUCCUCUCUAUGAAGCAGAGGGGCCUCUUCUAGUCCUCGCUGGAGAAACAGUGCAGCUGGUCCUGACAUGGUCUUCCAUGGCUCCCUGGCAGUCCUUCCCGCUUGGUAGCCAAGGGCCCCAGGCUACUGGGGAGAGGAGCUCAAAGGGGUUGAGAGGCUACAGCACCUGAUGGAAAGGGUACCUGCCUGGGCCCAAGGCCUAUGCACCAUGCAGGCAGCACUGCCCUCUCAGCCAGCACUGCCAACCCAACCCACAGAGUGACAGAGCCACUCCAGGUUGCUAGGUGACUAAAGGGCUUGUCUCGAGGAGUUGCCUUGCCCCAUCGAGAUGCCUCCUUCUCAGCCCCUCCAGGGUGUGGGCAGGACAUGUCCAGCUGAACGCCACUCUCUUCCCUUCGGCUCUGCGGCAGAUCUAUGCCUGCCUCCACCUCCCGUUUAAUUGCAGGCCCUGGAAACAAACCCUCGACACAGCAUCCAUUCUUUGUCCUGGGAUGAAAAGGCCUCUGAGAAGGGCCAGCAUCAUUGUGGCCCUGCCUGCUUCCAGGAGUACCCUCCUCCACCUGGCCACAGCUGCUCCCCAAACUGCCUCGACUACUCUGAUUCCCCGAAGAAAAUGGGGCUAAUAAAGGGGGCAGCCUACCUUGAGCUCGGGGUACAUAACCAGUGACAGACCAGACUACCAGAACUGAGGAGGCCUUAUAGCUUGGCUGACCCAUAUCCUGCACUUGACAGAUGAGGAAAUGGUGGCCCAGAGAGGGUUAGGGACUUCCUCGGGUCACAUGGCCCGUAAGUGGCAAGGGUUGGCCAAGCACCAGAGGCUCCCGCCUGCCUGUGGGAGGUGUGGAGAAAGGAGGUGUGGUGCUGAGCAGCCACAGCCUGCUCACUAAGGUUGCCGACGCCUCUGAAGGAUGAGUCCUCUGCUCCGAGAAGUUCCGGCUGGUGAGAAGAUCAGCAUGGAAGCCCAGUCCAGGUAGAUUCCGGGAGUCAUCGGCCAUCUGAGACAAGCCUCUGCUGGGAACUCAGCAAGCGGCACUGGCUCGAAGCCUCUCAGGUCCUAUCUGUGCUCUAAGAGGCCAAAGCAAGGACAGAGUUCCCGAAACCAGGAAACCCCAGUGUCCACACCCUCGGCCCACAGGAGCAGCAGAGCAAGAGCCUCAGGAGGCACUAGCCCUGCAGCUCCAUGGCCUGUUUCUGUAGUUUACAGUUAGAGCUCUAUUUUGUUAUGGUUUUUUAAACUUUAAGCCCUGCUCUGUUUUCCUGGGCAGGUUUAGGUUAGUAAUUACCCACUACAAUUUUUUAAAGAUGUACACUUGCACUCCUUCUCCCUGCUUUCCUGGAGCUGAUCCAAUCCCCUCCCCUGCUCCCAGCACCUUACAUACAAGGGUGCUAGGAGCUCAGCCAUGUGAUCAUUCUCCCUCACCAGGACCUCACAGUUAGUCUAAUCCUAAUCCCAGCUAAUCCUAGAAAGGGACAAUGGAAAGAAACCUCCCAACAUUUACCUAUUUCUCACUGCCUUGGGCUCCAGGAGGGACGCUAGACACGUGACUAUCUUAGGUGAGCUGGUUUGACACUGGGAGAUGGGAGGCUGCAGCCCCUAACCUUUUUUUCUGUCAAGGUCUGUGAAAAGCAGGCAAGCUGCUGGGAGACCCAGGAGAGGAAAACCUUAGUCCUGUGCAGGUAGAAUUUGUCUGGGGGGCUUGAAGCUUGGGGCUUCAGGUGGAGUGUUAGCUACAGUGUAACAAAACCACAGGUGACUCACCAACAUGGGCCCUAACUGGCUUGGAAAAGAGGGCUAGAUUAAACGGCUUCUUAGAGACCCUUCCGGGCCAAGGGCCCUCCUGAGUUUUACAGGCUGGGGAAGCCGGUGGACUUGCUCCUGCUACUGUCAUGACUUGUUAGAGAUAGCAUCCAUUCACACUAAACCACAAGAGGUAAAAGGAACAGCCACAAACAAAUACUCUGCUUGGGUUUAGCAGGCAAGAAAUGUCUCUAAGGGCUAGGGAGAGAGCUGCCUGCUACCUCUUGAGAGGCUGGGAAAUGCUCUCUCUUCUGUCUACACAAGGACUCAACCCACCACUGAACUAUCUCCUUGUCAUCUGAUGGUGCGGAUGAGAGUGGUUUUGCCGUCUCGGGUAGCAGGUGACCCCAACAGUAGUGGGGGGGGCAGUGAGGUUAUGGGGCAGGAAUGAGAGGUUUGACAAAGAACAGGACAGGAUGAAGCCAAGGUCAGAAAAGUCUUAAGGAAUGAAGAAGUUUUAUUUAUUUAUUUGUUUGUUUUUUGGAGACAGGGUUUCUCUGUGGCUUUGGAGGUUGUCCUGGAACUAGCUCUUGUAGACCAGGCUGGUCUCGAACUCAACAGAGAUCCGCCUGCCUCUGCCUCCUGAGUGCUGGGAUUAAAGAUGUGCGCCACCACCACCCGGCAGGUUCUUCUUUUGAGUAAGCUUUGAAGAAACUUUGAGUGUUCUUGCAGGAUCUUGGAUGGGUUAAGUCCUGACUUGAGGGGUAGGAGGUGCUGAGUCCUUCUGGAGCUCAGCUCUUAAGAAUCAAAAUGCCUAACACAGGAAAGCCUUAGAGGUGCCAUGGUCCCUACAGCUUAAAAAAGCCAUCCAAGGGAAUGGUCCAUCACAGAGCAGUCCUUACACACUAGUGCCUUCCCCAGGGGGCACUGCUUCUCUGCAGUCCCCAAAAGCCAUUCUCACCUGUGCCCUGGCCAAGAGCUCAGUGUGGCUAGUGAGGCUUUCCUCCCUUCAUGCCUUUCCCAGCAACCAAGGCACCUUUUCUUUUCCUAGUGUCAAAUAGCCAAUACGGCUCCUGCAUGCCAGGGGACAGCAGUGUCCUCAUACCUAUUACUAGUUCAAGUGUGGUGCUCUGUCUUGCUAGCUGAGACCAAACUUGGUGAGGGGAUCUCCAGGUGGAAUUAAGAGGGACCCUAAAGGACUUCAAGCUCACUGGAAACAGUGCUGGGAGCUGGGGAUGGGGUUGUGCCUCUUGAACCUGGUCAUAGGCUUUGAGGAAAACAGGGCAUUGAAGAAAAACUGGAGGAACAAAAUGGGUCAGACAGCUUUGUCCAGAGUCCAGGUAGCCUCAGAGGCCCACAGCCCAUAGUUUCUUUAGAGAUGAGACUCAACCUGCCUUGGCACCAGAUACCUCCAAUUUAGCCCCCAUUUCAGAGCCUGUACAGCUCUGAUCUCAGGGCUUAAUUGGACCAUUGAUGACAGUCCCUGUUCAAAUGCAGCCCCGCCACCCCAGCCCACUGUUCACUCUUGUAAUAGUUAUUUAUUCACUCUGAGAGCAAACAGUUCUUAAUAAAGAUGUUUUUUUCAACCUG